AUGGAAGUGGAUGAAACGAAGCGAGCCGAAGGAUCGUGUGGAUGGAUUCCAUACACUCCGAACAACAUUCAUCCAAAAGACCAACCGCUUCUCGACAUUUCCUCUCAAGCUAUUUGGUGUCUUUCCAGUUGUAAAAACGGGUACGGCGUCGACGAGCUCAUGUCGGAUAGCGUUGAGAAAUACUGGCAAAGCGAUGGUCCCCAACCGCAUACAAUUCAUUUGGAGUUUCAGAAAAAGACCGAUGUGGCCAUGAUGAUGUUUUAUCUCGAUUUCAAGAAUGACGAAUCCUAUACACCGUCCAAAAUUCAAGUAAAAAUGGGGUCAUCUCACCAAGAUAUAUUCUUCCGUACCACUCAAUCAUUCAAUGAGCCACAAGGAUGGACUUAUAUCGAUUUGCGGGAUAAGAAUAAACGACCGCAACGUGUUUUCUGGAUUCAGAUUCAAGUCAUUCAGAAUCAUCAGAAUGGACGGGAUACUCAUAUCAGACACGUCCGCGUGCUCGGCCCCGAACGAUCUCGUGUCUCACCCACAAAUCGAAUAUUCACUGGAGAACCACACGGAACAUUCCCCGAUCCAAAUAUCGUCGAUUACGAAGAUGAGGAUUUCGCCUCGUUUGUAGACCACUCACUCAUCCAUUUAUCUCUUCGAUAG